AUGUCGAGCAUCCCAGUAAAGGAGAACGGCGGAGUGUCAUUUCCCUAUCCGAUGCUAAGUCCUCACGAUUAUACUGUGUGGGCAAUAAAGACAGAGGCGAUCCUUGAUGCCCAGAGAGUCUGGGAGGCGGUGGAGCCAGCGAAAGGAGCCCAGGUGGAUGCAAAGAAGGACAAAAAGGCACGUGCAUACAUCCUGCAGUGUGUCCCUGAAGACAUCCUUCUCCAGAUCGCAACAAAGAAGACGGCGAAGGAAGUCUGGGACAGCCUCAAGAUGAGGUACCUUGGUAGUGAUCGGGUGAAGAAGGCACGUGUACAAACUUUGAAGAGCGAGUUUGACGCUCUCCGGAUGAAAGAGGCCGAAACGAUUGAUGAGUUUGCUGGCAAACUCAGCGCCCUAAGCAGCAAGUUCUCCACCCUUGGUGCCACGCUUGAAGAUUCCUCGUUGCAAUUCUACGACCUUGAGUCUAUACCAUUUGAGGAUGCUAUAGGGCGACUGAAGGCGUACGAAGAACGAACGCUACGACUACGCAGCAACACCAACGGCACUGAAGGUGAGCUCCUAUUAACUCAUGCCGAAUGGCAAAUGCGACAGAAUGGGAGCAACGUGGACACUUCAUCAGGAGGAAAGGGGCGUGGGUCCAGCAGCCCUAGUCGUGGCAAAUGGCGUGGACGUGGGCCAGGGCGCGGUCGUGGCCGUGGUACGCAACGCUAA